UUUAUUUUUAGGACCUAAACUGAAAGUUGAGGAACGGUGGAAGUGAAUUGAAGCCCACCAAGUACCCAAGCGAACCCGAAGAAUGAGUUCGGCACUUCGAGUGUUUUGAGAGAGAAGAACCAAACCUUUUUCCUAUAACAUGUCUCAUAACUCACACUGAUUUCGUUUUUUCUUUCUUCUUUAACACUUCAAUCCUCAUAAACGCAGCAACAACAACAAUAGCAGUAACGUUUUUACCAUAAUUUUCUUUUUUGUUUUGGAAAAUUUAAACCCGUAACAAUGGCGGCAUCGUUAAUACUUUCCCGAAGAGUUUCAUCUGUGGGCGUUUCUCGCACUCUCCACGGCUUAGCAGGUAAUAUGGGGCCCCUUUGCCCGCAUUUGGAAUUGAAGGUCGCAACUUUGGUUGAUGUUUUUGAUAAGACAAAGCAGUAUAGUAGCUCCAGUGGUGCCACAAAGUUUGAUUUUACAGACCUGACUUCUCCUCAUACAUGGUAUCCAAAAGCUCGAAGUAAGCAACGCAAGGUCAUCCUGCACAUGGGUCCCACAAACAGUGGUAAAACGCACAAUGCUCUGAAGCGACUCGAAUCAAGUCCAUCUGGCAUAUAUUGUGGUCCCCUGAGAUUAUUGGCUUGGGAGGUUGCCAAACGGUUGAACAAGGCAAACGUUCCUUGUGAUCUAAUUACAGGACAAGAAAGAGAGGAGAUUGAUGGUGCAAAACAUACGGCUGUGACAGUUGAGAUGGCUGAUGUAACCUCCCACUACCAUUGUGCCAUUAUUGACGAAAUUCAGAUGUUGGGUUGUAAGACAAGGGGUUUUUCAUUCACACGUGCUCUAUUAGGAAUUUCUGCUGACGAACUUCACCUUUGUGGAGAUCCAGCUGCUGUUCCUCUUAUUCAGGAAAUACUGAAAGUGACCGGUGAUCAUAUUGAGGUUAACUUCUAUGAGAGACUUUCACCUCUUGUUCCAAUGAAGGUCCCUCUCGGUUCCUUUUCUAAUAUAAGGACAGGCGACUGCAUUGUAACCUUUUCACGUCAUAAAAUAUACAAAUUGAAGAAAGAAAUUGAAAAUGGGGGAAAGCAUCUUUGUUCUGUUGUUUAUGGUUCACUCCCACCAGAGACUCGAACAAGACAGGCAACAAAGUUCAAUGAUGCAAGCAGUGAGUUUGAUGUUCUUGUGGCAAGUGAUGCAAUUGGGAUGGGUCUUAAUCUGAACAUUUCACGGAUCAUAUUUUCAACAAUGAAGAAAUUUGAUGGUUUUGAGAAGCGGGAACUCACUGUACCUGAGGUCAAACAAAUUGCAGGAAGAGCUGGCAGGUAUGGAUCAAAGUUUCCUGUUGGUGAAGUGACUUGUUUACAUGCAGAUGAUCUGCCCUUGCUUCAUUCAUCACUAGAAUCCCCAUCUCCGACUCUUGAGAGUGCUGGAUUAUUUCCUACCUUUGAUCUUAUGUAUAUGUAUUCACGUUUACACCCAGAAUGUGGUCUCUACCAAAUACUGGCACAUUUUGUAGAGAAUGCCAAAUUAUCAGACAAUUAUUUCAUUGCUAACUGUGAAGAAGUAUUGAAAGUUGCAGCUGUUAUUGAUGAGUUGCCUCUUGGGUUACCAGAUAAGUACCGUUUUUGUAUAAGCCCAGUUGACAUGGAUGAUGAAAUUUCAUCCCAGGGUCUUACACAGUUUGCUCAAAGUUAUGCAAAUACCGGCAUUGUUCGGCUUCGAGAAAUAUUCACACCAGGGACACUUAAGGUACCACAAACAGAAGCUGCACUCAAGGAGCUUGAAUCCAUUCACAAGGUUUUGGAUCUCUAUGUUUGGUUGAGUUUCCGGUUAGAGGAAUCAUUCCCAGACCGUGAGCUGGCAUCUUCGCAGAAGUCGAUGUGCAGCAUGUUGAUUGAAGACUUUCUGGAGAGAUUAGGAUGGCAGAAGCCGAGGUCCAAGAGAUUAGCCUCACGUACUCCCUUAACUUCGUUAUUCCGUAAAACAAGACAGUUCUUGUGAGAUAUUUAUCGUUCCUUCAGCAUGUCUAUUCCCUCUCUUCUAUGCCCAGUUGGAUCACUCGAGGCCAAGAGAAACCUUUGGAAUCUUCUCUUCACCUUCAGUGUGUUAUCUGUCCACACAUCAACUUCUCAGAAA